AUGUCCCCGCUGUGCCCCCUGCUGCUGGCCCUGGCCCUGGCGGCCGUCCCGGGCGUCCGAGCCGCCUGCCCGGUGCCCGCCGACCUCAAGAACCCGGACGGGACGCGCACGUGCGCCCGGCUCUACGACAAGAGCGACCCCUACUACGACAACUGCUGCGGGGGCGCCGAGCUGUCCGUUGAGCCGGGCACCGACCUGCCCUUCCUGCCCGCCGACUGGAACAACGUCAUCUCCUCGCUCGUGGUGGCCCCGCGCUGCGAGAUCACCGUGUGGUCCCAGCGCGGCAAGGCCGGCAAGACGCACAAGUUCUCAUCGGGCACCUACCCGCGUCUGGAGGAGUUCCGCAAGGGCAUCUUCGGAGACUGGUCCAACAGCAUCUCGUCGCUCUACUGCAGGUGUUACUGACGCCUUAGAGGUACUUCAGCUCCAGCCCCCACAGAGUGCAGAGGCCCUCACUCGGGGUGCGCCGAAGGCCCCACGUCCCAGGAGGAGAGAACUUUCUGUCUGCCCCCUGCCCUGUCUUCCCUGCAAUAUAGAGAGCCCGUGUGAAGUUA